UCGCCACUAGGUCUUUCACCCGCGCCAGCAAAACAAGAACAGGCGUCCGAGGUUCUGAUCCAACCGGCGGCGGCUGCAAUGGGUAUCGAUUUGAAGGCUGGAGGCAAGAGCAAGAAAACGAAGCGUACGGCUCCCAAAUCAAAUGAUAUAUAUCUCAAGCUUCUCGUUAAGCUUUACCGAUUUCUAGUGAGGAGAACUGGGAGCAGCUUCAAUGCCGUUGUGUUGAAGAGGUUGUUCAUGAGCAAGAUCAAUAAGCCCCCGCUUUCCCUCUCCAGGCUCAUUCGAUUCAUGAAGGGAAAGGAGGACAAGAUUGCAGUGGUCGUGGGAGCAAUAACCGAUGACAUUAGGGUUUAUGAUGUUCCAGCCCUGAAGGUUACUGCUCUGAGGUUUACCGAGACCGCUAGAGCCAGAAUCGAGAAGGCCGGUGGUGAAUGCUUGACAUUUGACCAGCUUGCUUUGAGAGCUCCUCUCGGCCAGAACACGGUUCUUCUCAGGGGUCCUAAGAAUGCUCGUGAGGCAGUGAAGCAUUUUGGUCCAGCUCCUGGUGUGCCACACAGCCACUCGAAGCCCUAUGUCAGGUCGAAGGGAAGGAAGUUUGAGAAAGCUAGGGGCAGGAGAAACAGCAGGGGUUUUAGAGUUUAAGGCGUUGGUAUUCAUAGUUUAUGUACCAGAUAUGCAGUUUGUGUUGUUUCUCCUACAUUUCCUAUUUCCAAAAAUUUUGCUAGAACCAUAGUCUGCUAGAACCAUCUGUCAGACAAGCUCAAUCGUGUCUGCUAUCAUUUGAGUGGGAUUAUCUAUAUUAUGCACCUGACUUAUUACUCUCAAUUGGGUAUACUAAGGCUGAGGCAUCUCAUUCUUGCUUCAUUGGAACCGUAUUGUGAUGUUGCUAUCAACUUCCAGGGUCCAAAAUUUCAGGUUGUAGUUUGCCACAAUUCUGGAAAUUGCAGCAAAGUAUAGGCACUUAUUGUUAGUUUACGUAAAUUUGAUCAGGUUCAAUGGUAAUAUUGAUGGAGCUGUUACAAAAUAUAUGGCAAAAUUGUAU